AUGGAUUAAUAAUUAAAAAAAAAGUUAAAGAAGCAAUAGGUCCAGAAGAUUUAAUUUCAUUAAUUGCAUGAAUUUGCUGGGUUCUAAGUUGCAAAAGACAUAAGUGAAAUAGCACCAGAACCUCAAAGAAGAAAACCUUAGUAAUUGACAUAAUAGCAAGUACAACAUCGACAACAAUUAUACAUGAAAUCCAAAUUUUAAUUCGUCUUACUUUCACAACCUAUCAGUAAAAAGAGACAUUCUAUAUUAUCAAAGAAGAAGUUAGGUGGGAUGACGUGUAUUAAGUAAUUUACACAACAACUCAAGAUAUUACAUGUCCUAUUUGUAUAAGCGAUCAUGACAUCAUAAUCCCUUACAUUACACCAUGUGGCCAUAUUUAUUGUCUUCCAUGUUAUCAAAGACACAAAAUUCAAUGUAAAAUCAUAAUUCUUUAAUAAUUUAGCAAAAUUUAAUUAAAAAUGCCCUCUUUGUGGAGAAUUGGCAGUAAUGAGUGAAUUGAAAUCAGUUAAAAUAAUUAAACAUAAAAUCAAGAACUCUGGUGAUACUGUACUUUUAAAUCAAAUUUAAAGAUAUAAAAAUGAAACAGAAUUAUAUGUUAAUGGAAAGGAAUCAGUUAUCUAUGCAAGAACUUUAAUUGCAAAUGAAUCAUAUAUCAUGAAAAUUUUUGAGGAGGAAAUUUUAUAGCUUUAGAGGUAAAUGAAAAUAUCUAUUUCAGUUAUUAUGAAUUAUGCGAAACUGAAAUUUAGGAACCAGUUCAAUAAUCUAUUNCUAAUUUAGUGUUAAUAAUUUUUUAUUCUAACUACCUUUAUCAAUUUAACAUCUUCUUAUUUUUAUCAAGGGAGAUAAAUCUUGAGCUAAGAAUUGCUGAUUAUAGGAAAACUUUAAAGUUUCAGGUAAAAAUGGUGUAUUUUCAAUAUUUUAUUUAGAAUUAUUAGAUUCUUUAAAUUAUUUUGA